AUGGAUUUCACUAAGUACUGGAACAUUUUCUGGACACUGACAUUUGCCUUAACAUCCGUGGUUAUUACCUUCGGAAAUCUUAUCACCAUUGUGAUAUUUUUGAAACAGAAACUUCGAAAACGCCCACACUUCCUACUGAUUAGCUUGGCCAUCGCGGAUCUUAUGGUCGGAGCCUUCGCUGUGCCUCUGUACAUUGCUGUUGGAAUUUACACGACUAAAAAUCUGUUGAUACUUUCAUUCCAAUGUGUUGAUAUUUUCACUGGAGUUUUAUCAAUAUUCACCUUGGCUAGCAUUUCGUUGGAAAGGAUGCACGCUGUUUUGUGGCCUUUACGCCAUCGAACGCUGACGUCGCGUUUCUACACGUGUGUUAUAGGUAUCCCUUGGAUCGUAGCUCAUCUUGGCAUCUUAGCCCGAGUCCUGCUUCAUUUUUAUAUCAUAUCGAAACUGGCUUUUGUUGUCAUCAUUAUCGUCUCUAUCACAAGCCCUCUUCUUUUCACAUGCGUUGCGUACUCUCUAAUGUGGAGGAAGCAAAAAACCCGUCUUCACCUGGCAAGACAAGCACAUCAAGAUGACUAUUUAACAAAAACACUUUUCAUUGUUUCCGGGUCAUUUGUCGUAACUUGGCUUCCAUUCCACAUAAUAAACAUUAUUGCUUCGUUUUGUACUCCGUGUCAAGGCUGGCCUUUUGUGGUUUUUCAUCUUAUGAAACUACUUCAGUUUGGUAAUUCUUUUGUCAACGUUGUCAUCUAUCCUUUAAAAAUUGCUGAAUACAAGGAAGCUCUCUUUGAGAUGUUUCUUUACUGCCUCUUUCCAUCAAAAGCGCCUAAAAAACAAACUAGUAUCGAUCGAAAAUCUGGUAAAAGUUCUUCAAGCAUCAAAAGCUCAAGAUAUCACAGUCGUGACGUCUCCAGACCCACCUUUGUGUAGGUCAGUGUAACAUACAAAACAGAUACUAAAUACCCAUGGAUUACAUGCAGAUAAUGAACAAGUAUUGGAUGAGGUUUUGUGAUAUCCGGAAUAAUCAAAUUAAUUCGAGGUAAGUGUUCAUCAGCCUAGCCGAACGCCGAGGCUGAUAACACUUACCAAGACCUUGAUUAUUCCGGAUAUCACUAAAACGGAAUAUAAUGAUUGUUUUAUUAUACAAUUUUUUCAAGAAAAUAAGGACUUACACGGCAUCUUGACAUUUUCAAAUUGAUCUUGAAAAUCAUGCAUUACGCGCAACCUACAGAUUACGAUUUCCAAAAUUUACAAUUAGCCAAUGAGAAAACAGACAGUGCGAGUACAAUGUUUAAUAACAACAACAACAAUAAUAAUAAUAAUGAUAAUAAUAAUAAUAAUAAUAAUAAUAAUAAAUGAAUGCGAUGCCCCUCGCAGACAAAGGUUUAGCACUCAACAAGCAAGAGUCCAGAGACUCGCUACGCUUGCGUUAUGACUUGCCCUUAGUCGAUUUACCAAGUCAUUGCAUAUGUGGGGAUAAAUUCACCGUUAGUCACGCCCUCUCUUGUAAAAAGGGGGGGGGGGGUGGGGGGGGGGGGGGGGUUGUAGCGCAGAGACAGGACGGUGUACGGAACUUGUUAACGACAUUCAUCGACAUUGUUGAUUGUAAAUAGGAUUUUAAUUGAGGUUUUGUAAUAAAGAUUUUAUCUUUAGGUUUAGUUUAAGGAGUGAACCAAUAAAAAAUAUAAUUAUUAUGAUAAUAAUAAUAAUGAUAAUAAUAAUAAUAAUAUAUUAAUAAUUCAGCCGUAGCAGUUAACCUCUGUGAAAGUCAAAAUUAUUGGAUUUUCAGACGUUCCGUGUUUUUCACUAUAUACUAAGAGUUUAGAGUUUAGCAUAUGCUUAUGAUCAAGUCUGAAUAUUAGAAGUUCACGGCAAAAGUAACCAUCUCUAAAAUUUUGAGCACGAUAUGUAGAAAUUCUGUUUCCAAAACGGGAAAGUAUGUCUCCGUUUGUCUUAUUGCCACCCAAUAAUUCUGGUACAGUACGAUUUCGCUUAUAAGAAACUGCCCUUUGUCAAGAGAGAUCAAGGAGGUUCUUAUAUAUGGGUUAGAGUGAACCUAUGAUAAAAAUUUUAACCGAGAAAUUUCACGUUUGAGAUAACACUACACAAAAAUUCUGCAAUCAGUUUGGUUAGGAUUUUUAUAAUACAGUUGGAAUACCACACUAAGGUUGUACUGAUAUUUUUCUGGCAGUCAACGACUCUAUCUAACAGAAAUUUAUAACCUAAUCGAGAACCAAAUUAGCCUCAUUUGCCUAAACUGUUUCAAAAUACAAGAACCUUUUUUCCAGACUUCAAAAAAAUUUAGGUUCUUACACUCUGGUGUUUUACUGAGUUGUUGACAAUUACAUACUUAAUUUGAAAAGAUUACUUAAAGAAUACGUAAACCGGCUUCUUCAACCUGUUAUUUCAUUUCAGUUCAUUCAUUUUAUUUUUUUCGUCCUUAAGAAUUUACAAUUUAUAUUUCUACUACCCAGAAAUAGCAAAAGUUAGUUUUGGUCGUUAG